CCCAACGUCACUUCCUGUUUGGAGGCGCGCGUGGCGGGAGAUUCCAACAUGGCGGUGCAGCCUAAGCAGAACCUGUCUAUGGACAGCGCGGCCGAACACGGCUUCUUAAACUUCUUUUUCUCCAUGCCGGAAAAGCCGGACACCACUUUCAGAAUAUUCGACCGGAACGAGUACUACACGGUCCACGGCAAAGACGCCGUGUUCGCGGCGAAGGAGGUUUUCAAGACGAACGGCGUCAUCAAGCACUUGGGCUCCGGAAGUCGUAAGUUGGAGAGCGUGGUCCUCAGCAAGCUGAACUUUGAGGCGUUUGUGAGAGAUCUGCUUCUGGUGAGGCAGUACCGGGUCGAGGUGUACAAGAACCAAAGCAAGAGCAGCAAGGAGCACGACUGGAGGAUUGAGUUCAAGGCCUCUCCGGGAAACCUGACCCAGUUUGAGGAGAUUCUCUUUGGCGGUGGAAACGGAGCAGAAGGCUGCGCCGGUGUCGUGGCCGCUCGCGUGGCCACCGGCGCAGACGGGCAGCGCGUGGUGGGCGUGGGCUACGUGGACGCCGCUCAAAGGACCAUGGGCGUGUGCGAGUUCCCGGACAACGAGAUCUUCUCCAACCUGGAGUCCCUGCUAGUACAGAUCAGCCCGAAAGAGUGUCUCCUUGCUCAGGGGGACGGCAAUGCGGAUGGAAGCAAGCUGCGGGAGAUCGUGCAGCGUGGUGGCGUGCUGGUCUCAGACAGGAAGCGAGCCGAGUUCAGCAGCAAGGACGUGGUCCAGGACCUCAACAGGCUGCUGAGAGCUAAAAGAGGAGAGACGAAAGCCAGCAACACUCUCCCAGAGCUGGAUAAACAAGUGGCCAUGUCCUGCUUGGCAGCCGUGGUGCGUUACCUGGAGCUGCUGUCCGACGAGUCCAACUUUGACUCCUUCAGUCUGACCCCGCUGGACCUGGGCCAGUACAUGAGGCUGGACAAUGCCGCUGUGAGGGCGCUCAACCUCUUCCAGGGUGCGCCCGACGACACCAGCGGGGCUCACUCAUUGGCCGGUCUGCUUAACAAGUGCCGCACGCCUCAGGGCCAGCGGCUUAUCAACCAAUGGAUCAAACAGCCGCUCUUGGACAGAACCAAAAUAGAGGAGAGGCUAGACCUGGUGGAGAGUUUUGUGUGCGACUCGGAGCUGAGGCAGACCUGUCAGGAGGACUUGCUGCGCCGCUUCCCCGAUCUCCAGCGCCUUGCCAAGAAGUUCCACCGCCACAGCGCCACCUUGCAGGAUUGUUACCGCGUGCACCAGGCCGUCAGCCACCUUCCUGCCCUCUUCGCCGCGCUGGAAAGAUAUUCAGGCAGCUACCGGGUCCUGUUGGAGGCCGUCUUUAUCUCCCCCCUCAGAGAUCUGCAGGGCGACUUCACCAAGUACCAGGAGAUGAUCGAGACCACGCUGGACAUGAACCAGGUUGAACACCAUGAGUUCCUGGUGAAGGCGUCCUUCGAUCCUGUGCUGAGUGAGCUGCGAGACAAGAUGGAUGCCCUAGAGAAGAGCAUGCAGGGUGUGUUGAACAGUGCUGCCAGAGAGCUAGGUUUGGACGCGGGUAAGACGGUGAAGUUGGAGUCGAGCGGCGUGCUGGGCUUCUACCUGCGCGUCACUUGCAAGGAGCAGAAGAGCCUGAGGAACAACAAGAAGUUCACCACGCUGGAUGUGCAGAAGAACGGCGUGCGCUUCACUAACAGCAAGCUGAGCUCUCUCAACGAGGACUACACCCGCAGCAGGGAGGAGUACGAGGAGGCCCAGAACGCCAUCGUCAAAGAGAUUAUCAACAUCGCCUCGGGCUACGUGGACCCUCUGCACUCGCUGGGUGACACGGUGGCUCUGCUGGACGCCGUAGUCAGCUUCGCCGUGGUGUCCGUCUCGGCCCCCGUGCCCUACGUGCGACCCCGCCUGCUGACGGACGACGGGCCCCGGCGCCUGGAGCUGCGGCAAGCGCGGCACCCCUGCAUGGAGGCGGACGCCGACACCUGCUUCAUUCCCAACGAUGUCUCCUUCGUGCAGGGAGAGAAGAGCUUCUUCAUCAUUACAGGACCAAAUAUGGGUGGGAAGUCGACGUUCAUCCGCCAGGUGGGCGUAAUUGCUCUGAUGGCUCAAAUCGGCUGCUUCGUGCCAUGCGAGGAGGCGGAGCUCAGCGUGAUUGACAGCGUCCUGGCCAGGGUGGGAGCAGGGGACAGCCAGGUUAAGGGCGUGUCCACCUUCAUGUCCGAGAUGCUAGAGACCGCCGCCAUCUUGCGUUCGGCGACAGAGAAGUCGCUGGUCAUCAUCGACGAACUUGGCCGAGGCACGUCCACGUACGACGGCUUCGGCCUGGCGUGGGCCAUCAGCGAGCAUGUGGCCGCCAAGAUCGGCUGCUUCUGCCUGUUCGCCACGCACUUCCACGAGCUGACGGCGCUGGAGGCGCAGCAGGCUGCCGUACGCAACCUACACGUGACGGCCCUGACCUCCCACGACACCCUCACCAUGUUGUACCGCGUCCAGCCAGGCGUGUGUGACCAGAGUUUCGGGAUCCACGUGGCUGAGUUGGCGUGCUUCCCGCCGGCGGUGGUCGCCAUGGCCAAGUUGAAGGCGGAGGAGCUGGAGGAGUUUCAGGAAGUGUGUGAGCAGCAGGGGGAGGAGCCAGACGCCAAGAGACGCCGCAGCGACAAACAAGUGGGAGAGAGCUUGAUCCAGGACUUCCUGGAGGAAGCCAAGUGUCUCCCCGUCACCGCCAUGACGGAGGAAGAGGUCAAAGGCCAGCUGAGGAAGAUGAAGGAGGCGCUACUCACCAAAAAGAACGCGUACGUCUCGGAGCUGCUGUCACGCUCACUUCCUGUCAAAGAUUAACUUUUCUUACCGACGAGCUCGUCUUACACUGAGUUGUACAGUUUUUCAAUAAAGCUUUUUGUUUUCUAAA